ACACAACUCCCCAUGGACGUCCUCCUUCGCCUGCUCGUCAAUAAGCGAAAUAUCCAUAGCUCGGGCGCUCACUGUACUGAAGACGAUCAGGCUUUUGUUCGCAAGCUCAAGGAGCAUCUUAAGAAAGAGUACCUGCUCGCCCACGAACCGUGGCGUGGCAUUCGUCUGCCACCCGAAUAUAUCCAAAGUGACUUCAUGGCCCCUCCCGCCCUCUUCUUCGGCAUAGGCUUCAAUCAAACCGCCGAAGACGUGCUAUCGCUUGCCCAAAGGCUCAAUACUCCAGAGCCGACCGUCUGCGGCAAGAACCAUCCAAUGUACCUCGACAUGGUCCUUUUGAGUAUCAAGGACACCAUCAGCAAGAAGCUUGGCAAGUCGCCAUGGCACAUCGAGUUUCUGGGCAUUCUUUCGCCCAACACAAACUUGACGCAGGUGAUGUCCCUGACUGACAAUAGCUUGACGAGGUUGUCUGGGAAGCGUCCACGUGUUGACGACAUCAGCCGCUUCCGCUCUAUUAGGUGGAAUUCAUUGGAGGAUACGGCGAAGGCUAUCCAGGAGCUGACGGGCCGAGAGCCAAUGUGGUAUAUAGGCGAUCACAUGCAGAAUGAGGAUUGGGACUCUCGGAAGGGCUACAGCGUGUUUGGCAUGUGAUGCGUCCCUCCGGGUACCAAUACACUAAUAUGCACGAUACUUAUUUGACUUACCUGUACAGUCUCGAUUUAGUUAUGAAUAACAUACGGAUGACUUGGCGUAUCAACCCUUCACUUGCUCCAGUACCGCCAGUGCUUAAUAUUUGAGGGCCUGCAUCU